AUGACGUCAUACUUGAUCUUCUUGGCUUACAUCAUCAGAUCUUCGAUGGCCGCUUUCGAUGCAAGCGUUCCCGCCAUCAAUUCUACAUGGCUUCAACGUUGUGAUGCAUCGCAUUUCCUCACAAACAAUGGCCGUUUCCUGAAUGCUUUUACACCGUACCACACAAUAUUCUGGGGGUUACCCGAUAGUUACUUCAAACUUUUCUGGAAAACUCGUCUUGCGCUUUACUAUGUGUACACAAACAUCUCGUCACAUUACGACUGGUACUACAAGGCAGACGACGACACUUACGUCAUCAUGGAGAAUCUGAGAGCAUACCUGGCCACGUUCGACCCCAAUGAACCGCAUUAUAUUGGAUUUAGAGUGAAGAGGAGAAUGCCAAAACAUGGAUACAAUGCCGGUGGGAGCGGUUACGCAAUGAGUCGUGCGGCAAUGAAGAUUUUCGUUGAGGAAUUGUUUCAUCAGAAAUCACUCUGCCCCUAUCAUGAAUGGGAAGAUCUCGCAGUGGCCAGGUGUCUGGCAAAUGCAGGAAUCUAUCCCACAGACAGCCGUGACGAACUGCAUCGACAACGUUUUCUACCCUGGACACCUGAGCAACACUAUAACGCUGAUCUCACUAAGUCUUUUUUAAUGGACCCUAUCGAACACUGGGGACCAGCCAUAUUUCAUGAGAAUCUAAUCAGCAUGCACCAUUUGGUACCCCAAGAAAUCCGACUGAUCGACGGACUGCUUUACGGGGUUGCGAAAGGAAUCUGGAAUCGCACCACAGAAAUCGUGGAAGAAACACUGAAACCACCGCCGGAAUUGAAGACGUCGCAAUGA